CAUCCUUUACUGCUAGAGCAGUUGCCAAGCCACAGGGAGAGAAAGAGAGAGAUGGUUUCGCUGAAACUGCAGAAGCGGCUUUCCGCUAGUGUUCUCAAGUGCGGCCGAGGCAAAGUUUGGCUGGACCCCAAUGAAGUCAAUGAAAUCUCCAUGGCUAACUCACGCCAAAAUAUUAGAAAGUUGGUCAAGGAUGGUUUCAUCAUCAGAAAGCCAACCAAGAUUCACUCUCGUUCUCGUGCCCGCAGAAUGAAGGAGGCAAAGAGAAAGGGACGCCAUUCAGGAUAUGGUAAGCGUAAGGGUACAAGAGAAGCAAGGCUGCCAACAAAAAUCUUAUGGAUGAGGAGGAUGCGUGUUCUGAGGCGCUUGCUUCGCAAGUAUAGAGAGGCCAAAAAGAUAGAUAAGCACAUGUACCAUGACAUGUACAUGAAGGUUAAAGGUAAUGUGUUCAAGAACAAACGUGUUCUAAUGGAGAGCAUUCAUAAGUCAAAGGCUGAGAAGGCACGAGAGAAGACUUUGUCCGAUCAGUUUGAGGCUAAGAGGGCUAAGAACAAGGCUAGCAGGGAACGGAAAAUCGCUAGGAGGGAGGAACGGCUGGCUCAGGGGCCACCUGGAGAGAAGUUACCAGCAGCCACACCUACUGCCCCUGCUGUUACUGCUGCAUCUCAACCUACACAGGGAUCUAAGAAAGCCAAGAAGUGAAAUCUUUAAGAAAAUGUACCAGAGAGGAUAUAUGACUUUAGAUGGUCCAUGUUCCCUUGUCUCUUUGCUAGGGGUAGUUUUGAAGAGUCGAUGUUUGUUCUUUGUUUUAAAGUACUUUACAUCCUAGAUGAAAAUUGUUUUAAAUUCUCUGUACUCUGCAUAAUUUUAAUUUAUUUAUUUUGUUACUUA